AUGUAUACAAAUUUUGAAAUUGUUUGCAAAAAAUAAGAAAAAUCUUAAUUUUAUUAUGGUUAGCAUAAACCAAUAUUUUUCUUGAAGAACAAGCUCAUUUUUACAAUUGGACCACAUUGGAAAGUUUUUUGUAUAGCGAUGAGCAUUCUACUAUUAAUAUCUAUUUUAAUGAAUGUCAAUAUAUACAAAAAAUGUAGAAAAAAGGCAAUAAAAAUUAUUAUGGAAUAAUAAGAAGGAGCUAAUGAACCCCUUUCAGAGGAAAUUGCUGAUAAUGAAGUGUCUAUUUUAUCGUCUUAAUUUACUUUAUUUUUUUUCUUUCUCACUGUAUCUUUGCUUUAACAUUUUACUUACUUAUGGGUCUUUCUUAAGAAUCCAGGUAUUGUUUAUAAACCAGAGUAUAAUCCCGCCACUAGUAGGAGAGCAUCCAUAACUAGAAUGUGCAGUAUUUGUAAGGCAUUUAAGAAUUCAUAAAGAUGUCAUUGUAUGUACUGUGAAAUUUGCAUAGAAUAAUAUAGUCAUCAUUGCCCUUGGAUAGGUAAGUGUGUUGGUAUCAAUAAUCACACGUCUUUCUAAUACCUUAAAUUUUUUACAGCACUUUAUUUCCUAGUAGGGAUAUUUGUAUUAUGUUGGAAAAUCUGA